AUGAUCGCCCGAAGAGCAUCUCGUCUUCUGCGACCAACCAUUACGACCGCACGUGUCGCAACUCGUCAACUGCUCGCGCAGGAACAGCUAUCCCUCCUCCCUCGUGUAUCCUCGGCAGUUGUACCACCUCGAUCGUGGCGCAGCUUCGCAUCCACCUCGAUGAACCAGGCUGCAGUCAGCAAGCCAUUCCUCUUGGCGGAUAUCGGAGAAGGCAUCACCGAGGUCGAAAUUGUCAAAUGGUCAGUUCCUUAGUUCUUCGUUAGAGUCGCUGACUUGCUGUGCCCCACAUCCCGCUUGCCGCUUGGGACGAAACACUCACCAUGUCUUUCUUAUUUCAUAUACAGGCUGAUUGAAGACGGACAACAGAUUGAAAUGUUUGACCCUAUCGUCGAAGUCAUGUCAGUUCUGCCCCAGGUUCAGCCUACCUCUUCCGAAAGGACAAACACUGAAAACUUUGACCGCCCUCAUCCUGCAUAGGUCUGACAAGGCGACCGUCGAAAUCACCUCCCCUUACUCAGGUCGAGUCAAAGCCCUAAAUGGAGCCGUAGGCGAUGUCAUCCGCGUCGGCAAGACGCUGUGCGAGGUCGAGAUGGAAGCCGAGGAGGGCGAAAAGGUCGAAACACCGUCGGCACCUACUGUCGAUUCCCCCAACGCCGCACACCCAUCCAACGCGGUGCCGGAAAAAGCUUCUUUUGCUUCUUCGGCUUCAAAGACUGAGCCCUCGACGUCGACGACGGAACUUAUCGAUCGGGAAGUAUGGGCGACGCCGGCAACUCGACGGAUAGCUCGCGAGCACUCGGUCAACCUCAACCGGGUACCGGGGACAGGCAAGGACGGGCGGGUGACCAAGACGGAUGUGCUCGACUUUAUCGCCCAAGGCGCAGGCGCACCUUCUGCAGCGUCUCCGUCAUCUCCCGUUGCAUCCACUUCUUCGGCCGCCCCUACACCACCUGCCCAAUCUUCCUCGAGCGCAACGGGAUCAACAGCAGCGACCACGACUGUGGCUCUGACGGGCGUACGGAAAGCCAUGUUCAAGGCCAUGACCGCAUCCCUGUCGAUUCCUCACUUCUCCUACUCGGAGACGCUCGACGUCACCCUCCUCGAGCGCCUGCGCAUCUCCCUCAACUCCCACAUCCCCCUGACGCACCGAGCAACUCUAACACCAGCGGAGGAAGCUCAACUCUCCGCCAUCCAAACCUUUUCGCCUUCGACAACACGGCUUCCCGAAGCAGAACGCAUCCAAAAACUCACCCUCUUGCCGCUGUUGAUCAAGUGCCUCUCCCAAGCGCUCUACGACCACCCUCUGUUCCUCUCUCUUCUCGCCCCGACGCACGAUGCUCUGAUUCUCCGUAAAUCGCACGACAUCUCGAUCGCCCUUUCUGCCCCUUCAGGAGGCGGACUAUACACGCCUCUACUCCCCAAUGUCGACUCCAGCUCGCCUUACGACCUCGCUUCCCAAAUCACCCUCUUGCAAAAAACGGUCCCUCGAUUCCCUCCCAAGCAUUCUGGGACGGGGAGCAUCACUCUUUCCAACGUCGGUGUUGUGGGUGGGACGACGACGCACCCCAUCAUUCCUCCGACGGGUCAACUCGCCAUCGGAGCGAUGGGGAGGAUUCGCGUCGAGCCGAGGUACACGAAAGGAUCCCUCGGCGAAGCCAAGAAGAUCGCUCAAGGCUUGUUGGACGAAUCCGAGGUCGAGUUGUUGCGAGUCGAACCGAGGAUGUUGAUGGACGUUACGUUCUCGGCCGAUCAUCGCGUUGUUGAAGGCGUCGAGCUCGCCAAAUUGGUCGAGAGUUGGAAGAGGAUCGUCGAGGAACCCGGGCGGAUGAGUGGGUUGGGUCGAUAG